AUGGUGGAUCGUUCGCAAAGUCUUGAUCACUUGCUGCCAUCGCUCCUAUCACUCUGCCACCACAUCACCAUGACGCGCGCGCGGAAGCAUGUGAAAGCGAGUGCACUGGGCGAGCGUGUGAGCGUGGGGGAGGGGGAGCAGAUUCUGCGCGUUGUGGCCCCCAGGGGCAGCAACCUCAUCGAGCUGGAGGACGGUAGUGGCACGGCCAUGCUGUGCAUGCUGCCCGCCAAGUUCCACCGCAUGCUGUGGCUCAAGAGAGGCAGUUUUGUGGUGGCAGACGUGAGUUCAGCAGAGGAGGUGGAUAAGGCGGGAGGGAGAGUGAGGGGCAGCAUAACGGCUGUGCUGUUUGAUCAUCACAUUAAAGAGCUCGUAGCCUCCAAUCAGUGGCCAGAGGCGUUUGCAGAAGCAGUAGUAAAAGAAAGAGCUGGAGCAUCAACAUCAGCACCAUCUGAGCAAAGCCAAGAGAAAGAUGCAGAGCACAGCUCACUUGGAGAAGAAGGGCAGGCUUUGCGGAGUUCCCAAGGCAGCGCAAGGGAGGGGCCAGAGGAGCCAAGGCAAACAACUACGGGAGGGGAUGGGCAGGGGAAGGAAGAGAGAGUGGGAGAGGAAGAGGAGGGCGAAGAUGAGGAGGACGAUGGAUUGCCUCCUUUGGAGAGGAAUCCAAAUCAUCGACCAAUGUUCGUGGAGGAUGUUUCAGAUGAUGAAGACAGCGACGAGGAUGAGUAA